AUGUCAAGCCAAAGCUUGUCUCCAAGAAAGAAGAGACCACGUAUUGCUUUAAGCGUUACCGAAAAACUUAUGAUACAAAACGUCUACAAACACAUAUUUGAGGAGAAAGCUGCUUCACUAUUACCUAUUGAGGCUCCUGAAAAAAAGAAUGAGAAUACUCUUCGAAGCAUCUCGUUGAAAUUAAGGUGGAACCAGAACGUCGCACAAGACUCCAUCCAAAUGUCGCUCACUACUAAACGUAAACUUAGCCUGUCAAAACGAACUAAAUCGAAACAUGACGAAUAUACAACUCGUGAUUUGCCUUCCUUGCGACGAAAACGAACUAUUGCAUUUAACCGUUUAUCUAAAGCAUUACAAAUAGGUAAUGACGCGAAGUUGGAUGCAACAAAGUUAGAUCUAUUUUUAUCGUAUUGUGAUGAAUUACAAAAAAUUACUACCGACUUCGAAAAUGCGCAUCUUCUUAUUUUAGAAUUACAGGAUGAUCCUGAGUCGGAUGAUGAGGGUGUCCGUGAAAGUUUUGAUGAUAUCUAUUUUAACAUUUUAGCUUUGCAACGCAAUUAUACAAACUCAAAUUUACCGUCGAAAUCGGAGCAAAAGACCUCUUCUCAUAUAAAACUUCCAAAAAUUUCAUUAAGAACGUACUCAGGACAUAUAAAGGAGUGGGCUGAAUAUAUCGAUAUUUUUAAUUCAUUAAUUAAUGAUUGUCCGUCUUUAAAUAAUUUGGAAAAAUUCCAUUACUUAAGAUCAUCACUUUCAGGCGAAGCUUUAGCGUUAAUACGUUCGUACCCGGUAACCGGUGAAUAUUAUCACGAUGCAUAUAGCGCACUCGUUAAUCGUUACAAAAAUAAGCGUGACUUAGCAUUUACAUGUUGGCGCGAAAUUUUAAAUGUUGAAUUUAAAAUUAAUAAUGUUAAAGAUUUUCGUCGGUCGCUGGAUAUGAUUGAUGAAAACUUGAAUAUAUUAAAACAAGUGAAUUUGCCAGUUCAACAGUGGGAUUUUAUUCUUAUUUACCAUUUGUUGUCAAAACUUGACACAAAGAUGCGUCGUGAGUUCGAAGAAAAAUAUUCGAAUAUCGAAAUUCCUUCUUAUAAAUUAGUUAGUGAAUUUUUGCAUUCUAAGUGUGAAGCGCAUAGUCGUGAUACACAUUUUACCGAACAGAAGCCACAUUCAAAUUCUCGUGACUUGUCGAAUGUUCAUGCCGGUACUCAUACAAGGCGCAUGAACGUUUCGCAUACACUCGUAGCAACUAAUGAGUCUAAAACCGGUAUGGUUACUGGUGCAUCGUCGAGUGUCGUUAGAUCAGUGUCGUCUAGUUGUCCAUUUUGUAGUCAAUCACAUUCAAUUGGUUCAUGUAAAUCGUUUCUCGAAAAAUCAGUAGAUGAAAGAAUGGCAAUUGUAAACGAGAAAAGGUGGUGUUAUAACUGUUUGAAAUCGUCGCAUCAGUUGAAAACUUGCAAUUCUGUAUUCACAUGUCAAAAAUGUAAGCGUAGACAUCAUACAUUGUUACAUAGGGAAGUAACAAAUUCCAGUAACACUUCAUCACUGUUAACACAAAAUUCAAGUGUUAACACAACUGUCUUGUUAGCAACAGCUCUUGUAACGGUAAAGGACAGUUUCGGGAAUAACAAUACUUUUCGAGCAUUGUUUGACACCGGCAGUCAAAAUAAUUUUAUUACUGAAGAAGCAGUAAAUCGUUUAAAUCUUAAUGUGCUUUCUUCUUGUUCUUCAAUAAGCGGCUUGGGUGACGUGUCAGCUUCCAUCAGUGGUUUAGUGCGUGGUAUCGUAGGAAGCUUAUCGACAAAUAAUACAAACGUAUCAUUUGAACUUGACAUGCACGUCAUUCCUAAGAUCUGUGGUGACCAACCAAUCGCGAGAUUGAAUACUUCUGGUUGGUCACAUAUCAAAUCGUUAGAUUUAGCGGACCCUGGGUUUGAUGUACCCGGACCCGUGGAUCUGUUGCUCGGUGCAGAUAUUUUUGCGGAUUCGUUACUUACAGAACGACUUAAGGGCGGUCCAUCACAACCACCUGCAUUUAAUUCAGUAUUUGGUUGGCUAUUACUAGGAAAGACUUCAUUAUCAGGUUCGUCAUUGGUUGCGCUGCAAUCAAAGAUCCAAUAUGAUGAUCUUACAAAAUUAGUGGAGAAGUUCUGGGAAAUCGAUAACGUUCCUCAAGCUAAUUCAUUUACCCCAGAUGACAUUCUUUGCGAGAAGGAAUAUAUCGCAACUACACAUCGGAAUGAGCACGGUCGUUAUGUGGUACACUUACCGUUCAAAAAUUCUUGUGAACCCGUGUUCUCGGGAUCUCGUGAUAUUGCUGAGAGGCGGUUUUAUGCUCUCGAACGUAGAUUAUCGCGUGACCCUGAUUUAAAGCGUCAAUACGUUGAAUUUAUGUUUGACUAUCUUCAGAGUGGUCAUAUGUCAUUGGUACCCACUUCAGAAAAGCGUCGCGGAAAAUAUUAUAUCCCGCAUCACUGUGUUGUACGGCCUGACAGUCCCACCACCCAAUUGCGUGUGGUAUUUGAUGCCUCCGCAAAGGAUAAUCUUGGUCAGUCAUUAAAUGAUACAUUGCUAAUUGGACCAAAAUGUCAAACUGAUAUCACGAAAGUUCUUUUACGUUUUCGAGAACACGCUAUUGUCUUUAUGACGGACAUACGCCAAAUGUACAGGCAGAUUGUUAUUAGUCCAACACAUCGGGACUACCAGCGCAUCUUGUGGCGUUCAGAUUCACGACAACCGGUAUCAGAGUACAAACUGAACACCGUUACUUACGGUGUUUCAUCGGCUCCCUUUCUCGCCUGUCGAACUCUUCAGCAGCUCGCAUGCGAUGAGGGUGACACAUUACCUUUAGCAAAAAGGGCGAUUACAUACGAUAUCUAUGUCGAUGAUAUUGUUACUGGUGCUAACAAUAUGAUCGAAGCCCGACAGGUGAAGUCACAAGUUGUUGAAUUACUCAAGUCUGGGCACUUCGAGUUAAGAAAAUGGGCUAGUAACAAACCUGAGCUACUGGACGAUGUACUGACUGAGCAUUGCCUGGUUGAAGCUAAAUCGUUUACUGAUGAACAACCAUGUACACUGAAGGUUCUCGGACUGAAAUGGGAUCCAUCCCAUGAUGUAUUCGUCUUUCAUGUAAAACCUCUUAAUAAAAUGUGCACUAAACGAUCAAUUCUGAGUGUGGUUAGUCGGGUGUUUGAUCCUUUGGGAUUUCUUUCCCCGUUGACGAUUCACACCAAAAUUUUAAUUCAACAACUUUGGGUGGCUGGCAUAGGUUGGGAUGAAACACCACCGGAUGACAUAGUUCGCACAUGGAAUGACUAUAUUCAGCAAUUACCAUCGAUUCAAAAUUUAUUCGUGCCUCGUCGGUGUACUAUCGAUCACGCCGUGUCAUAUGAACUUCACGGAUUUUGUGAUAGCUCAGAAAAGGCUUAUGGUGCUGUGAUCUAUUUGCGUGUUACUGAUAGUAGCGAUCGUGUACACACGUUUUUUGUAUGCUCCAAGGCUCGCGUAGCUCCUUUAAAGAAGCUCAGCUUACCACGUCUAGAAUUAUGUGCGGCAGUAUUAUUGGUGAAUUUGCUCAAAUUCGUGGAAGAGGCAUAUGCUCCGCGUAUUAAUUUCUCUGUCACUCUAUGGAGUGAUUCGACUGUCGUUCUAUCUUGGCUUAGAUCACAUUCAUCAAAGUGGACAACUUUUGUUGCAAACCGAGUUAGUCACAUACAAGGCAUUGCAACGAUUGAACGGUGGCGUCAUGUUCCUACAAAUGAUAACCCUGCAGAUAUUUGUUCGCGAGGACAGCUUCCUCGACAACUUAUUAACAAUUCGUUAUGGUGGGCGGGGCCCACGUGGUUAUGUAAACCACACACCGAGUGGCCAUCAACCCCUGUAUUUGUUAAGGAAACAAAUGACAGUACGGUGCUUUCAGAAGUUAGGCGAACCGCGACUCUGUUAACUCAACAGAUGGCACAUCCUAAUCUCGAUCCUUUUUUUGAGGAUUUACUCAAUAGCGAUCUCUCGCUGGAUGCAAUAGUCGAUAAGGUAGGCUUCACUAUAUUACGAAAAUCUGAAUUUUCUUCGGAUUCAGUCUUGACUAGUGAAGAACGGUACAAAUCACUUUAUAUUCUAGUAAAAUACGUUCAAACUUUAUCAUUUCCUACUGAACUGGAAAGAAUACGUUCUGGUCAAUCAUUACCAAAGUCGUUUCGUAAACUCAAUAUAUUUAUCGAUGACCAGGAUGUACUCAGGGUGGGCGGCAGGAUCUCUCGUUCUGGGCUUGAGUAUGAACAAAAGCAUCCGGCGUUAUUAUCAUCGAAUAAUCCCUUCACAUCUAAAUUAAUACAAUCGGUUCAUUUGAGCAACUGUCAUUGUGGCGUAAAUACUACACAAUAUUUAAUACUGCAACAAUUUUGGAUUAUAUCGGCUAAGCGCGUUAUAAGACGAUGUUUAUCCAAAUGUCUUAAUUGUUAUCGACUCCAACCUAAACCGUUACAACCGUUUAUGAGCGACCUUCCAAAAUAUCGUGUAAAUGAAGUAAAACCUUUCUCUAUUGUAGGAGUAGAUUAUGCUGGUCCGUUUCGUAUUAAAACUGGACCAUAUCGUGGAGCUAAAAUAGACAAGGCUUAUCUUUGUUUAUUUGUAUGCUUAGCCACUAAGGCUGUACAUUUAGAGACCGUUUCCAGUCUUUCUACAGACGGAUUUAUUGCUGCUUUACGUCGUUUCGUUGCUCGGAGAGGCAGAUGUUCCACAAUACACGCAGAUUGUGGUGAUCAGGUGUUGACAUUCGAGGAACUAGCUACACUUUUUAGUCAAAUUGAAGCAGUCCUGAACUCGCGGCCUUUGUAUCCUAUGAGUUCAGAUCCCAAUGAUUACCAAGUCUUAACACCAGGACAUUUUUUAACUCUGGAACCAUUGACAUCUGUUCCAGAUGUGGAUGUAACUCACCUUAAUGUCAACAGGCUAGAUCGCUGGCAACUGAUUCAGUCGUUCCAACGAUCGUUUUGGAAUCGAUGGAGAAACGAAUAUCUCCACUCGUUAAAUUUGCGAGCUAAAUGGACAAAAGAGUCGAAGCCACUAGAAUUAAACUCAAUGGUAAUUAUCAAAGAUGAUAAUCAUCCACCUUUACAUUGGCAAAUAGGGAGAGUUGUAGAAUUACACCCUGGACCAGAUGGUCUAGUUCGCGUGGCUACCGUACGAACAGAUAAGGAUAAUUUGAUCAAGAGACCUUUGGUCAAAUUAUGCCCAUUACCCAAUGAACCGUUUUAA